CAGGGUAAACAAAUCAGUCAAGUUGUCACGACAACGCCAUUGUUUGUGGAUCAAUCGUCCGAUUCUUGCGAAAUUAAAUACGAUACUUGCUUUGAGAUUGAGUGAUAUUGAGACGAGUUCUUUACACUUGGAAAGUUUGAGGGGAAAAUGGCUGAAGGACAGCAGGGAGGCCAGCCAGACCAGCCGCAAGAUCCAAGCCUUCCUGUUCCUGCUCAACCAGGCUCUCAGCCCGGAUUCUGUUCUGCAACGUGCACUGACAAACAAUCCGCCAAGGAAGAAAUCGCUAAGCGAAAUGUAAAGACUUCUGACCUGUUUACCACCUGCAAUCUCCCAAAAAGAUUUGAACAUCCUCAUUGGUUUAACGGCUAUGGGUGUCAAGUGAGUAAGCAACAUCCAUUUUAUAGAACCAGUUCCAAUGAAUACGGAUGGUAUCCCCCAGGAUACUAUUCAGUGCCAUCUGUGUUCUUCCCCGCGGGACAGACGUUCACGAACAGACUGUCGGCAGCGGGAAUGUAUCGAAACUACAGCUUGAACACCGGCAUGGACCAAAUUGGCUACCCGUAGAAAUACUGUCAAUAUCAUUAACUAAUUCAUAAGGCUAGAAAUUACCAAAUUCAUAGUAUUUUUCCACAAUGACAUUGUAUUCAAAACUACAUCAAAUACUGCCAAAUGAUUUUGUAACCAUUUUUUGUUUAUAGUCUCUGCGGAUAGAUGGCGUUUUUUUAAAGAUUGUUAACUGAAAAUCAUGUGGAAGUUAUCGUUUAUGCAUUUGGGCCUGAUAGUAUCAGAUUUGUAACACCGAGAAAGAGGGCAGAGGUAUGACGUUUAUAAUAUGAGGCAAUCUGUAGUUAGGUCACACAUACAUACGUGCACAUACGCGUUUUCAAGUACAUCA